GCGUCGUUCUCAUUCUCUACGCAUAAUCAGAAGGAAGCCUAAUAAGUACUAGAAACAAUGUUAAUGGGCCGAAGUAGAAAUAGAAAUAGGCCUUAUAAUAAUUGAGCCCAUUUAACCUGUUAACGUUGUCAAACGUCCCACAUCGCUUAGAACAGUAGCCGAAGCUGCGUUUAUAUAUGGUUAGAGUCGGAAGAGUGAUUGUCCCUUCGGGGACAUCCGAUAAAAUUGGAACGAUACAGAGAAGAUUAGCAUGGCCCCUGCGCAAGGAUGACACGCAUAAAUCGAGAAAUGGUCCAAAUUUUUUUUGACCCAAAAUUCUGAUGAAUGUGUAACCCUAGAUCUAUCUCCAGUUUUGUUUUUUAGCUAUUGCAUGUUUGAUUUGAUGUUCGUUGUCCAAAAUUCUGAUGAAUGUAACCUUAGAUCUCCAGUUAUUUCAGCUAUUGCAGCUUUGAUUUGAUGUUCGUUGUCCAAUGAGUUUUCAAUUUCUCAAUUACGAGAUAUAUCGUAAUGUUUUCAGUUAUGCUACAAAGUUUCCUGAUCGAUUAUGAAACCAAAUUAUCGUUGUUGUUGUUUUGUUCUAACAUUUGUUGUCAAAUAGAUUUGUGCAUUGCCCUAAUAUCUUCUGCAGCAAUAUUUUCGUUUUCCAAGGACUUGUUCAGUCAUUACAUUGCAGUUGAUGCAUUGUUUUUUUUAUGCUCUGAUCAACUUUGUAAGUAAGCUAGCUAUUAGGAGUUUGUAUUUUUCCCAGUUUUGCUGCAAAAAUCUCGAUUGGUUCCAUUCCUUUUCGGGUUUUUGUGUUCCUAAAAUUCUGUCAGCCCUUUAAUUGGUUUUGGUCAAUCUCUUAGUAAUGUCUUGUGUUUAUUUAUACAAAAAGAUCAAGACUUUGAAUCCGGUUAGGGGGUUGAAGAGACAAUUUUUGGAUAUACUAUCUGACAUUUUUGUUACCUGUGUUGAUCAAUUUUAUUUAUUGGAUGGGAAAAAGGGUUUUAGUAGGUAAUGAGGAAAGUGUCUAGGACUAGCUGGUGUGAAUCAGAGACCCAUUUAGGGUUUAGGGGUUUUAGUUUUCCGAGACAGAAAAUACAUGUCCUCCAUAUCUUGCAAGUUUUGGUUACUCUUAUAUCCAAUUGGACAAGACGGUUUUUAUGUGGUGGUUUAAUUGCCGUUAGAUUAUGUUUUAGCUUCAAACUCAUGAGAGUAAACAAAUGAUUACUUCGUAGAAUCACAUUUGAAAAGGACUUAGAAUUGACUGGGAAUGAGGACAUUUGAAGUAGCUGUGUACCAUCCACAAGAAGUUGGCCAAUGCUUUUACUUGACGAGAAUCAGAGUGUUCUUGUCUCAGAUUGUGGUUUGGCCCUGUAAGCCAGGUAAACUGCUAAAACCCAAAGAGCUUGGUUCUUAUGGUUUCACCUUUUCAGUCUGCAGCCUCUUAUGGAUAUGGAGCACAUAAUUCGACUCAAGUUGGCAGACUGAAUUGUAAAGAAGCAUUUACUUCACCAGUGAAUUGCGGAAACAAGAUGUUCGGUUCAACAACAAAGGGGAGCUAAAGAUAAGACAUAAAAAGAGUCAUAACCUUAAGAUGGGUUUAAGUUGAUUUUGCAGCAAAAAAGGAGACAUUUUGUGUUUCCGGUUGCUUGUGAAUUGGUUCUCGGUUUUUAUAAAACUUCUACUGCAAAAUGGGGUGUGUUUUCAUAUCUUUGAAUUUGUUUGUAUUUAAAAAGUUUAUAGAACUCGAUCUCUGUUUGUAUUUUCCUUAAAGCUGUGAUUCUGUGAAUUUGUGCUUGUUAUAAGAUAUUCACUUAGAACAAUUGUAGUUACUAAUUAUAGUGAGGUCCAAUAAACCGGAGUAAACCGAACCAAACGGAUCCGAUAUUGUGUAAUUUAACGGAAAGAGAGAAACUCCGUCUAAUUCUUGCAACUGAUAAUUUCCUUCUCGAGUAUAAAACCAUGGCGCCUAUAUAAAUUUCUUUCAUUUCUCUUGUUCGUUAAUUCUUCGUCUCUCUCUGCUUUUCUCUUGCGACAUGGCUGAGCCUGAACCACGAGAUGAUCCCGAAUAUAUGAAAAACUUCCCAAAUGGCUUUCUCGAUUUUGAUGUCAGCGAUACCUGUUUCGAAGAAGACAGAGAUUUCAAUCUUGAAGAAGAGCCGACUAAGAUUAAUCCGGAGAUUUGUGUUGAUGUUUUCGCUCGAAAACCACAAGUGAAAGACUCUGCUUCUUGUUCCGCCAUCAUUAACGAAGCCACCAAGAAAACAUAUGCUUCUUCUUCAAGAAACCGUGAAGAUAGUAGUGAAUCUGGCGAGAUAAGAAGGGUAGAUAAUAAAGAAGAUGAUCGCAAUGAUGGUGAUGUGCGCAAGGAAUCUGAUCCGCAGCAGCAACUCACAAGAACAAACCCUGGAUCAACAUCGUCUACAAGUGAUCGAAACAAUACACGCCAACUUAUUGGUAUGCAGAGUCAACGUACGUUCUCCCAAUGCUGCACCAUUCAGCAGCCUCAGAACAACACAUAUCAGCAGCUUCCAGUGAUUAACCCGAUGGCCAUUCUAGUUCCAACGCAAUUUGUGAUGCCUACGCCGACUCAUAUAUAUAUUCCAUUGCAAAUGCAGUAUCCGAUGACCACCAUAACUUAUAUCAACAUUCAAUGGCUAGCCAGCAGAACUUUUAUCAACUUCCAGUGGUUAACCAGAUUCGAGGGCCUGCAUUAGUUGUUCACAACUAUGAACCAUGGAGACUUCAGAACACAUAUCACCAGCAUCCAUCAGCUAACCAGAUGACCAAUCCAAUGCCAGGGCCAAUGUGGCCAAUUCAGCAUCCAAUGGCUUACCAGCAGAACUUUUAUCAACAUCCAAUGUCUGACAUGGAAUUCUAGUAUACUGCAAGAGGACAGCCAAGAUCAUUUGCUAUAGGUCAGAACUAUUCCAACCCACGACAUGCACGGCCUGAGCUAAAUCAACAAAUGCUGCAACGUGUGCCUCAAACCCAACAGCCAACGCAGUCUCAAGGAUCUUCUGAACAAGGUCAAGAUCAGCAGCAGCCUAGGUAAAACGAUCCUUAAUUGACAUGAUUUUCAAGUUUUUCUUUUUAAUAGAACUCUCUUGGGUUGAUUUUGGUAGCUGUCAAAUGAACUGGUGUUGAUGACUGUUUAGUCAAUGAUCUAUUCUAAAGUGUGGAACAAGGAAGAGUUUUCUUCUGAAUCUUCAUAAUCAAUUUCAAUACUUUUAACUGAAGAUUAAAAGUCCACUCUAGUCUUAAAGUCUCUCUUUUUAGAAUUCCCAAUUACUGUAAUUUCUUAGAGAUUAUGAAACUGUUUAGUCAAGAACUAUUCAAAAGUCUCGAAUUCAAAAAGAAAGAGUUUCUCUUUUUAAACGUUUAGUUUAGCAAAUUGUUUCUCAUCUCCAAAUUUUAAAAAUAAGGUAGUCAAUUAAUAAUAGACAAACAAAUGCAGAAGAGAAGAAUGAGUACAAGUCAAUAAAUGAAAACUUGUUGCACAAGAAACAAGGAAUACAAAAACAGAGUAAAUGCCUCCGACUAUAUCAGAAGCAGAGACUCAUUGUCGUCUCCUCAAUCCUCAAAACCAAUAUCAUCAUCGUUAUCCCAUACAAUAUCAGAUUAUUCACCCGUAGAAGGAUAUGAAUGAACGGCCAGGAUUAACUUUUUUUCAAAAGCCUUUAGUUACAUUAGUCUCAACAAUGAGUUUUCUCAAGUUAUUCAGCAUCAAUAUUAUUCUCCCAAGGCACCACGUCCCCAUCUCGAUCUUGAUCUCAAUCUUUUUGCUUCUCAAGUUUUUCUGCACCCGUAUCCGCAAUCGCAGACGCAGCCUCAACUUGGUGGUAGAGGAUCAGUGUGGACGUAGGAUAGGUCCAAAGGAGCAGUCUUGGUAGCUGAUUCUUGACAUGAUAUUAAAGACGAUUCUUACAAAAGUAUCGAAUUUUUCUGAUAAAACUGUAAAAUCUAAAACGUUGAGUGUUUAGUUACCCAUAAGUUCUCUCGCCAAAUGAAAUAUUAGUAAAAUUUAACAACAUACCAAAGUCUAUUUUUUUUUGUGUGCAAAAACCAAAGUCUCUAACCCAACAAUUGCUCAUUGACAAUUUAAACCUAACGUUACACAAAACCAAGGGCAUCGUUCUCAGUCUCUAGUCUCUACGCAUAAAAUCAGAAAGAAGCCUAAGAAGAAACAAUGUUAAUGGGCCUAUGUAGAAAAAGAAAUAGGCCUUAUAAUAAUCGAGCCCAUUUAACCUGUAAACGUUGUCAAAAGUCCCACAUCGCUUAGAACAGUAGACGAAGCUGCGUUUAUAUAUGGUUAGAGUCUAAAGAGUGAUUGUCCCUUCGGGGACAUCCGAUAAAAUUGGAACGAUACAGAGAAGAUUAGCAUGGCCCCUGCGCAAGGAUGACACGCAUAAAUCGAGAAAUGGUUCAAAUUUUUUUUUCCCCAAAAACUUUAUACAGAUCGAUCCUCAAAUUCUGAUGAAUGAAACCCUAAAAUUUAAUAUUUUAUUGUUGUUGCUGCUCUGAUGUUCAUUGUCUAAUGGAUGGUAAGAUUAUAAUACUCUAAUGCUCUUCUAAUUUCUCUGCAACAUAUUGUGGAGAAAAACUUGCUAGAAACGAUUGCUUGCGGAAUAAACAACACAAAGAGAUUUGAUCACCGAGUUCACGGCCUCUAACCGCUACGUCUCGGGGGAGAACUCUUGCUCCCAAGCUUCACUAUUAGAAAGAGAUUACACACACCACAAACUUGUGAUGUUUUCUUUUGGUUUUCAGGUACACUCACACAAGAAGAACUUUGGAUCAAAAAACACAACAAAGAAGACAAAGACAGACUUUUUCAGAAAACUCUCUUUUCUCACGUUUUCUAGAACUCUCUACCGUCUUCUCACAUAUUCUUCCGAGAUAUAUAAGAAUAUAUAAUGGGCCACUUUUGCUCUUCUUUCUCUUCUUGUAAAUGUUAUUUUCGUCAGGCCCAAAUAGGCCCAUUUGGUGUGUGUUGGUCAAACCCAACAACACAUAUUUUUCAGGUCGGUUAUGAAUUAGGUGUUUGUAAAUUUUGUUGAAUUUGUCCCACUUCUGCAGCAAAAUCUCUGUUGAGUCCAUUUCCCUUUCAGGCUU